GCUGGCUCUACAUAACUGGUGCUUACACAUGGAAUAAUGUGUUGCGUAUCUUCAGUAGUUCUGCAAAGAAGGGACACCCUGGAGGGAAGGAGAGGCUGUGCUGUUGUUGGGUCACCUUGCAGAGUUUUCAGAGGUAAAAGCAGGACUCUGCAAGUUGGGGUAGCCCCCAGAACCAGGUUGAAAUCUCUUCCUGUCCUCCAGAGGAUUUCCAAAACUUGUUUGGUUUUGAAAUUGAACAAGACUGGAAAUCGGUAUAAUCUUCACAUUUCUUUGAAUAAGAAGUAACAAUGGAACGAAGGCAAAGAGGAGUCAGUGCUGGACUGCUUUUGCUGCUUUAUCAGAUUUCUCAAGUUGGAUUCCAGAACAUUCCCUCUGUUACCCUUGGGGUGCUUGUACUGAAUGUUUUUCUCUUUCUGAAUCCUUUGAGGCCACUGACUGAAGUGUGUCUCAGUGUAAAUGAAGCUGUCCACAAAAAGAACUGGCAGCGUUUGCUGCUUGCUCCUUUCCACCAUGCAGAUGAUUGGCAUUUGUAUUAUAACAUGAUUUCCAUGCUUUGGAAGGGCAUAAUGCUGGAAAGAAAGCUGAAGAGCUUAUGGUUUGCCUACAUAAUUGCAGUAUUUUCAGUACUGAUUGGAAUAGUUUACAUUGUGCUGGAAGUCCUGCUUGUGAUAAUUCUGGAUGAUCCUUCCUAUGAAAUGAAUUGUGGUGUAGGUUUUUCAGGAGUCUUGUUUGCUUUGAAAGUUCUGAACAACCAUUAUAAUCCAGGAAGAGUGAGCAGUGUCCUUGGAUUGCCAAUAUCCAGUAAAUACGCUUGUUGGGUGGAGCUGAUAGCUAUUCAUUUAAUCUCCCCAGGGACUUCUUUCGCUGGGCAUCUCUCAGGGAUUCUUGUUGGAUUGAUGUACACUAUGGGACCUCUGAAAAAGAUCAUGCAAGCCUGUGCAGCUGGCAUUUCUUUCUUCACUGAGCCUGACAGGCCUAGAGACUACUAUUCAGGGUAUUAUGGCUAUUAUCCAGAUUAUCAAUACAGAACUCCAAGGAGCUACUUUGAUUAUACAGGUGGGCUCAGUGAAGAAGAACAGCUUGAAAGGGCAGUGCUAAACAGUCUUAAUGAAAGAGAUUUUGGUGGAGGAGGAACACACAAUAAUGGGCAGCGACCUUACGGGUUUUGGUUCCCACCUGAGAACUCAGAAGAGGACAUGAGAAGGCGAAGGCUUCGUAGGUUUGACAGAUGAUGAAGUUGGCAGGUGUUGAUGUAAAUUGUAAAGUGCUAUUCAGACCUGCCAAAAUAUUUACAGAUUUACUUGUAAUCUGUAAUUUACAGAAUAAUUUAUAAUCUUUCUUCCAUUAUUUUUACUACUUGUUGCAAAACUGCAUAGGAUUUUGUGAGUUCAGACACAAAGUUGGAACUUGAAUAAGAAAUGUGAGAUAAGAACCAAAAUGUGAUCUUUGGCUGUCUCCACCUUAAUGCACCUUAAAUGGAAGAAGACUGAUGGUUUUACCAAACUGUCUUUUUUCCUUGUAUUAUUUUGUAUAGCUUUAAGAAUUCCUUGGCUUCUUGACUGCUGAUGUUCUCAGACAACAGAUUUUCUUCAUCCAUUGCAGCUGAAAUGUUACAUUUUCUAUGUGACUUUAAAACUAUGCAAUUUUUCCUUACAAACCUUUCUCAGUUAUCUGUGAUGACCAGCUCAUUUUUUGGGAUUGCCAGGUGAAAUGACACUUGAAAGAUUGCUUUGAUGGCAGUGGCUGGGCCACGUGAGUCUAGGCUUAAAAGCUUUUGAGCAGACAAAUAGUUGCAGCUGUCUUUCUCCUGCUGUCCUUACCAAGGAGUUACUUAAUACAAACUUCAGUGUUGCGGUCUUCCUCACACCGUAUUAUCUAGAGCUUGGAUGUGAUAAAGCUGAGUUGUAACUACUUAGGUUUUCCUAAACCCUUUCUUAAUAUUUAUAUCUUAAAUCAAAAACUGCUGCCCUUUACAGAGCUGAAAUAAUUUGUUAGGAGUUUCAUGUAAAGGUAUGUGGCUAUGCCAUACAAAGCAUAUAUUUAUUCAGUAAUAUACUUUUGUAAAUCAUCUAUUUCACUUUGUAAGAAGGCUUGGAAAUUUUAUUUUGUAUAUGCUGUUCAUGCAGCUUUAAAAAUUCCACUAUUUCUCAAUAUUAAUCUUGUUUGAAAACCAAUAUCAGACCUGAGAGUUUGUAGACCUGUGGAGAUCAUGCCUAAACACAGGCUACCUUGAGUUCUUCAUUUUUGAGAAUUUCCUUACCCAACUAGAGGAGACCUGAGAGCUCAGUUGUCCCUCUGGGCACUCCCUCCACACAAGGCUGUCCUGCCUGUGGCACUGCUGCCUGUUAAUGUUCUGAUGAACCUCGAGGGGUUUGGUUCCAGUAUUGCCCUGAAAAAUCACUCCUUGUCCAGGCAUUUUAUCCUCAGAAUGGAAGAAUUUGGGGAUGGUCCUCUAUUGCAGAGAGGUGUGAUUGCAGAAGAAUAAUUUGGUCAUUGGCUUUUGACACAGAAUUUACUGGAAUUUCCUCAUCAGCACUGAUGGAGUACAGGAUUAGGAUAAGCAGUUUAAGGGUUUCACCAACCUGUGCUUUAUGAAGUCUGCUUUUCUAUGAGGUUAUUUUUUGAGCUGUGUAUUUCAUACAGAAAAAAUACCCUCAAAGGAGGUUUUUUUACUGUGUUCUUUAAAUAAAUACCUGCAUUUUCUGUUUGUAGCUAAUGUAUGUGUAGGGAAAGCUCUUGUUUGCUGGGAAAAGCACAAUAUCAGGAUGCAGGCUUCAGGCUCGGGGUUUUGGGACACAACAGAUGAAAUUGCAAUGGGACUCCAGGUACAGCCAAUGCUGAUUUCUGAUGUGUGCUUGGUUGGUUUUGUAUAUAUUCAACAGCCAUAGAAUUAAACAGCAGACACUUUUAUAGAAGGCCAACUUUUUUAUGUUCACUGCAUAUUUUUCUCAGCAGUUAAUAAUUGGACGUAAAUGAGAAGGAUGUAGCAUUGGUUCCUCAGAAAUCCUUUAAUGCUCUGGUCAAAAGUUGCAGUGUAACAUACUGUGUGGGUUAAGUUCUGAUAUUUUACUUAUUUAAAAGCACAGGAUGUGCUGCUAGUCAGGAUAAAAAGAUACUUAAGGAAAAUCAAAAACCCGAUUGCAAUUUUAUAAGCACUUGGUUUUGUAAAGUGAGCUUAGACAUACAUACCAUUAAAUAAUCACAAAAAUUGUCAGUACUAAUAAAUGUUCCGUUGUUUUGACAUUUUUUUGUAUACAGA